CGCACGAACGCCGCGAACGCUCGCCUCGCGAGGGCGCGCGGCGGUAAAAGUCGCGCGCGCCGAUCGCGACGCGCGCGCUCGACGGCGACCGCGCGACGGAGUCGACGACGCGCGCGACGCAUCGUUCGAACGGUCGAAGGAUUCGAAGGAAUCGCGGCGGCGCGCGAAACCGAAGCGCGAGGGCGCGAGGCGGCGAGGAGACGACGCGAGCGCGCUGGGAAUGACCUCGCGGGGAUUGCCGAUGGACGUGAGCCUGCGAUUCCUGUCGGACGAGGACGAUGGACAGCGCGGGGGGGGCGGGAAGCCGUACGCGCGGCGAGGCGGGAAGAAGGCGAGCGGAAGCGCGAACGGGAAAGGGAGCGGUGGAUCGAGGGGAACGACGUCGGAGGCGAAUGUGAAGCGGAGCGAGAAGUACGGGGCACCGAAACCGCGGAAACCGCGCACGUUACGGCUGGAUGUGGACGAAGAUCGAGUGGAGGAGUAUUGCGUCGCGUUGCGCGAGCACCAGGAGUUGACGCGCGUGUACGACUAUCACGCGAAGAUUGUGGAUAAAUGCGACGAGUCGCAACUUCUGGCGUUCAUGGCGCGCGUGUUGAAGUCUGUCAUCGAUAACAUUGUCGAGGAGAACACCGCGCACGGACAGUACUUGGCGAAGGCGACGUUGAGAUGCGACGUCGGCGCGUUGCACAUUCUCGACGCGUUUUGCGUGACUCUCUACAAAAAGGCGGAGGAGUAUAACAAGUAUUCCCCGGAUUUGCUCUUGCUCGAAUCCGUGAUGAGUGAUUCGCGUCAAGACCCAGACGCUGCCGUCGAUAUGAACCUUCUCGCCAUAGAAUUCGGCUUCAACGCCAGAUUGUGCGAUUGCUUGAACAAAGUCAUCGAAGAGACGGCGGAGAAGAAGGGGCUGACGGAGGCGGACAAGAAGCGCUUGCAACGACGAUGGCGACUUUGGUUGAAGAACAAAAGCUUUGACGACUGCCGACCCAAUCCAUUCAAUCAUGCGCAGUUAUCCACGUACGUCGAGCCGCCGUACACGAUCAACUACCAGCUGCAUACCAACGAGAGCGCGGUGUUCGCGGUUCUGACGUCGGACCAGAUCAACCCCUUCGCGAUGCAGUGCAAAACGCUCGGCGAGGCGCCGAAGAACGCUCCCGAAGAGAUCGAAAUCUACGACAGUAAAACCAAGAAGGGAAAAACGUUUCAGGAAAUUGUCGACAUAUUGCAGAAGAUCGUCAAGAGCCCUCGAGCGACGCAAGGCGCCCAAAAGGCCAAGGACGAAAACAUCUUUCGCUACCAACGCUAAACGUUGAACUAUAUUUUUUGAACUAUAAUUUCGAAGAGGCUUCUUCGAAAUCGUCGUCCGACACUUCGCCUUUCGUUUCCGCGGUAGACUGUUGACACACUCAUUAGUGACGUACCAUCGUCCAGUAUAAUAAUUACCGACCACUGUUGUG